AUGACCCGCGCACGACCUGGCUGUCACGAAGCCCCAGAGGAGGGCGCUUGCGGGCGGGGCACAACGAGAAGCCACCGGAAGCGGAAGCCAGAAUGGCGCCAUUUUGCGGUACGGAAGCUACACAGCAACACGUAUGGGAGACUCUCCCCGAGAUCUUCUAGGGAGUGACCCAUCUAUUUUUGUUUGGGAAGAGGAAACUCCGAAAUGGGAUCGCGGAAGACUUAAAGGGCCAGGCUGAUUUUUUUUUCCUACUGCAGGUCUCUGAGGCUGUGGUUGCUACAGGGUCACCACGAGCUUGGCUUACUUGUCUCAUCCUUCCCUUGCCUGGUAUCAUUUUCUCAGUUCUCCCAAAAGCCAUGUCCCGGCCCUUGCUCAUCACCUUCACCCCAGCCACUGACCCCAGCGACCUCUGGAAGGAUGGGCAGCAGCAGCCACAGCCCGAGAAGCCAGAGUCCACCCUGGAUGGGGCUGCAGCCCGAGCUUUCUAUGAGGCCCUGAUUGGGGAUGAGAGCAGCGCUCCUGACUCCCAGAAAUCUCAGACUGAACCUGCCAGAGAAAGAAAGAGAAAGAAAAGAAGAAUAAUGAAGGCACCAGCAGCAGAAGCAGUGGCAGAAGGAGCAUCAGGAAGACAUGGACAAGGGAGAUCCCUUGAGGCUGAGGAUAAGAUGACUCACCAGAUACUGAGGGCAGCCCAGGAGGGGGACCUGGCAGAACUUAGGAGACUGCUGGAACCGCAUGAGGCAGGAGGAGCUGGGGGGAAUAUCAACGCCCGGGAUGCCUUCUGGUGGACCCCACUGAUGUGUGCUGCUCGAGCGGGCCAGGGGGCAGCUGUGAGCUAUCUCCUGGGCCGUGGGGCUGCCUGGGUGGGGGUCUGUGAGCUGAGUGGCAGGGAUGCGGCUCAGCUCGCUGAAGAAGCUGGCUUCCCUGAGGUAGCCCGCAUGGUCAGGGAGAGCCAUGGAGAGACAAGGAGCCCGGAAAACCGGUCUCCUACUCCCUCCCUCCAGUACUGCGAGAACUGUGACACCCACUUCCAAGAUUCCAACCACCGCACAUCCACUGCUCACCUGCUGUCACUGUCGCAGGGUCCUCAGCCUCCCAACCUUCCACUUGGGGUGCCCAUCUCCAGCCCGGGCUUCAAACUGCUGCUGAGGGGGGGCUGGGAGCCAGGAAUGGGGCUGGGACCCCGGGGUGAGGGCCGUGCCAAUCCCAUCCCCACUGUCCUCAAGAGGGACCAGGAAGGACUAGGCUACAGAUCAGCACCCCAGCCCCGAGUGACACAUUUCCCAGCUUGGGAUACCCGAGCUGUGGCUGGGAGGGAGAGACCCCCUCGGGUGGCCACACUGAGCUGGAGGGAGGAGAGAAGGAGGGAGGAGAAAGACAGGGCUUGGGAGCGGGAUCUAAGGACUUACAUGAACCUCGAGUUCUGACUUUGGUAAAGUCUGACCCUAGUCUGCUGCUGAAGUCUGAACUUGGGCCUCUGACCUGGGCCCUUUGACUUCCCCUUCCUGGGAUCUGCCCAGAUGCAGAUCCUCAAGUUUUUGGUCAAUAGGCUCUGUCUUCGUGAGAGACAGGCUGAGAGUGAGAAAUAAAUCAACCAUUUGUGGUUUAUUCACUUUUCUGGAAGCUAUUUUGAGGAAGCCAAACAGAAGCCUGGGAGCCACAUGCAAGUCCCACCUGAGUCAGAAGGGGCAGCCUCUCCAGGUGGCAUGAUAAGGUCACCUCCCUGCCAAUCUGGGUUCACUUUCAGGUCCCAGCCCCUCUUGGGAGUCCCCCACCUAUUCUUUCAACCCCCCUGGACCAAGAAUUGCCCAGCUUCGUGCAAGUCUCACUUCCCCCAGGAGGAGUUCCCUGACUACAGCCAAUUCACUGAUUUCACAAACAUAAGUCCAUAUACUAUGUGCCAAGAAUACAGGUAAAGACAUUCCCAACCCUCAAAAGAGUUCACAGCUGGAGAGGGAAAGUGCCAUGUUAUCAAUUUUUUUCUUUUUUUUGAGAUGCAGUUUCACUCUCAUUGCCCAGGCUGGAGUGCAAUGGCAUGAUCUCGGCUCACCACAACCUCUGCCCCCCGAGUUCAAGGGAUUCUCCUGCCUCAGCCUCCCCAGUAGCUGGGAUUACAGGCAUGCCCCACCACGCCCAGCUAAUUUUGUAUUUUUAGUAGAGACGGGGUUUCUCCAUGUUGGCCAAGCUGGUCUUGAACUCCCGACCUCAGGUGAUCCGCCGGCUUCGGCUUCCCAAAGUGCUGGGGUUGCAGGCAUGAGCCACCACUCCCGGCCCAUGUUAUCAAAUAUUAUAAUGCAGGGUGAUAAGGGAAGUCAAGGCCUCUAGAGAUGAGAAUGGGUAGGGUUUUGCUGGAAGAGGCCAGUGUGAUAGGAAGGCCCACGAUUAUCAAGCUUGUACACUUAGUUGAACUGGGACCAGAACUCUAGCCUCCAAAUCUAAACUUUAAGUCAAACUUCUUUGUUCCACCCAUUUGUCUACACUUUUCUUUGCCACACUUCCCCACUCUCCCACCACCCACCCCCUUGUCUUGCUCAUGCCGGGUGGUAGGCACAAGAAGAGCUCACUGUUGUGAAAUCCAGGAAUUCAAAUUUGCAGAGAGGGGCAGCGGAGGGCUGUUCAAGUCGCAAGACUCCUCAUUUUUUCUUUUCUGGGAAAGCCUUUCAUGAAGUCUUGGAUGCGAAAUGGAGGAGUGGUGGGGGAUGUGGAGAAGAACCCAGGGGCAGGGGGCUGUAGGGGGCGACCGAGUUUAGGGAAGCAUGAGAAACCCGGGAAAAUGGGGAGCUGGGUUUAUAUUAAGGUCCUGGUCCUUGCUAAUCUCGGUUUGGCGGUCCGGCGCGCACAGACAGCGCGGGGUAUACGGGGGCGGUCUAUUCGCAGGGUCCGCCCCAUGAGCUGCGGCACCGCCCCCGCGGGUCCUUCCAGUCCUGGUGCAGCUGCUUCCGGGCUUCGCGGCUCCCGGCGGCUCCCCGAGGCCGCGGCCCCGACGCUGGGCCCGGGAGCGGUCCCCGCGCACAGCGCCCGGACGCGUGGGUCCCGAAGUAGGCCCGCGCUUUGCUUCGUAACUGGGGAUCUCUGAGGACAUCUUAGUUCUGACCUUGUGGAGGCCGCGUCUCUGCUGCGUGUUCGCGGGCCAGUCGGGCCACUUUGUAGAAAUCAUAGCCCUCUAAAUCAAGGGACGAACGCUGCUGGCUGGAGUUUGCUGGACACUUUCAUUCCACCUCCUAACAAAGAGAAUUCCUAUUCCUUGAGGUCCCUUAGGGCAGCAGUUAAAGACUACACGAUCCAGGAGCACCUAGGACCUGGGGCCACCUUCCUGCCCGCUUUAUUGGAUGGAGCACUGCCUCCCCAGUUUCUGGGACACCUUGGGGUGUGGCCUUGGUGAGUGAAACUUGGGGUGCUGCCUGCUGGGAAGGAAAUCCGGAAACGCAGAGAGGACUCUCUGGUGGUGACCCAGGCCUUGUCAGAUCUGAGAUUCUUGGAAUCUCAGAUUGUGGGGGUGUGGAUGGUGAAUGAAUUUGGGUAUGCCCCCCUUUACCCCAGAACUGAAGAGGAAGCAAACUACUUGCCACACUUGAGGCUGCGUGACUAUUCAGAGAAGGGAGGAGCCACUUCUGAAUUCAGAGUAGGACUGCAUCACCAGGCAAAUACCUGUUCUGAGCCAGAAAGACUCUGGCUUCUGAGGAGAUCCUGAGAGUCUGAGUAGUGCCAGGAAGCAGCCUCAGAAUUUGGGGGCCCAUUACACACCCCAGCCAUGUUCCUGCGACGGCUUGGUGGCUGGCUACCUCGCCCUUGGGGCCGCCGGAAACCAAUGAGGCCUGACCCGCCUUACCCAGAACCCAGACGGGUGGACAGCUCCUCGGAGAAUUCAGGAAGUGACUGGGAUAGUGCCCCAGAAACCAUGGAAGAUGUGGGGCAUCCCAAGACUAAGGACUUGGGGGCAUUGAGGGUUUCUAGGGCUGCUUCUGAACCAAGCAAGGAGGAGCCCCAAGUUGAGCAGCUAGGGAGCAAAAGAAUGGAUUCCCUCAAGUGGGACCAGCCUAUCUCUAGCACUCAAGAGUCUGGGAGACUGGAGGCUGGAGGGGCCAGUCCCAAACUCGGAUGGGAUCAUGUGGAUUCAGGUGGCACCAGGAGACCAGGGGUGUCCCCUGAAGGGGGACUGAGCGUCCCUGGGCCAGAAGCCCCAUUGGAGAAACCUGGUAGGCGUGAGAAGCUGUUGGGCUGGCUGCGGGGGGAACCAGGAGCUCCCUCCCGGUACUUGGGGGGCCCAGAAGAGUGUCUGCAGAUCUCCACCAACCUGACCCUGCAUCUUCUGGAGCUGCUGGCCUCUGCCCUGCUGGCCCUGUGCUCACGACCACUGCAGGCAGCGUUGGACACACUGGGCCUGCGUGGACCGCUGGGCCUCUGGCUACAUGGCCUACUGUCCUUCCUGGCUGCCCUGCAUGGGCUCCAUGCUGUUCUGAGCCUACUUACUGCCCACCCUUUGCACUUCGCCUGCCUCUUUGGUCUCCUGCAGGCCUUGGUGCUGGCUGUCAGCCUCCGGGAGCCCAAUGGGGAUGAGGCGGCCACUGACUGGGAGAGUGAGGGGUUGGAGAGGGAAGGUGAGGAGCAGAGGGGAGACCCGGGAAAGGGGCUGUGACCGUGGGGUGGGGGCAAAGGGUGAAGAGAGUGUGGGCUUUAGGAGAAAAGUGUGAGGCAUGACCCAAAUUGUAAGCAUAGGGACCUCAGGGAUGGGGAAGAAACCCCAGAGUACGAGGGUGCAGGGCCCCCCUUCAUACACAGGAGAGAACAGAACUAUUUAGGGUGUUUGUGUUUAUGGACAGUGAGGGCACUGCCCUUGGAUUCACCAGCUGUUAUUUUUGCUUUUACUUUUCUCCCACCUUCAUUUUUUUUUUUUUCCACCUCCACUUUUUAAAAGCAAAAAAAAAAAAAAGUGUGGGGGUGGAGAAUAAAGACCAAAGGGUCCUCUCUACCUUUCAAAACUCUCCUGGGGUGGAGGAGACCAGGGCAGGAUAGACAGACCUCUGCAGUAAGAGAGUGGUUGGGAAACCCAGGGUGUUCCUUGGAUCUCAGGAUCUGAGCCAUCGAGGGAAGAGUGGGGCUGCUAGGCAAGUGGAUUAGGGGGUCUGGAUAGGGCCCCACAGGUGACAGGGAGCCUGCAGGGCGGAUCUGGUGAUCAUGGGAGCCAGAGGGAAUGGGGACAGUGCAGGCAGUAUUGGCAGGAGGGCCAGUGCAGAAGGGCUGGUAGCUCAGGCAGUGUGGGGGAAGCACUGAAGCCUGUAGUCCCCACUUGGGGGCUAGGGGUUUGCUCACUCAGCAAUAAAUAACUGUGUCACAUCAAAUCCUAAAUAUACCACUACAAAGUGAUA